AUGUCUUCUGGGCAGAGCAAUAUUUCGGCCACUGAGGAGGUAGAAAGAUCUGGGCAACAAAACACUUCUGGAAAUGCUGGAUCUCUUCUUCUUGAAUCACUCGCUCUACAUGAAAAUAUUCUGCAAGAUGAAGCUCCAGCAGAUGCUACUUCUUAUGACACUCCUGAAGAUACCGAGAGUAGUGACCCUGCCAACAACGAAGAGCUUUCGGGUGGCCUUACCGAUGACGAUAGUUCAGACACUUCUUUACAAAAUGUUGUGCCACAAGAAGCUGCUGCUGAGGAUGUGGAGUCCAUUAAUGCUGAGAUAUGGUCCCGAUUUAAUCGGUAUAUUCGAACCAGGUUUCCAAACACCCGCAUGAAUAAUCAGCAUGUAGUGGGAGCUCUCGUGAUCUUCAGGCAACAACUGAACGAUCGUAAUGGCAGUGGCACCACUCCAGCAUCGACAAUUGAUUUUCAAGACGGAAUCCCGGUUCAAACGAUAUCUAUAGAGAUAAUAGAUGAUUUCCACGGUCUAUACGCGGGCAUUAGGCCACGUGAGUCUCAUGCAGAUAUCGAAGAAAAUCACAGAAACCAGGCCAUCGACGAGCUUUUGACUCCAGUCUUUAUUGAUGAAACGCAAACGGAAUCGGUACUAUGCCCAAUCUGCAACGAAAAAUACGACUCAAGUACAGAAAAUGGUGCUUCUCAUGGCGCUUGCAUGGUACCAGGCUGUAAGCAUGUCUUCGGGCGGGAGUGUAUCAAUAUAUGGCUUAAGGAAGAGAGAAAGAGCACUUGUCCAAUGUGCCGCGGUAAACUCGACAUUCCCACUAACUCUUCGAAUGUUUACGACUAUUGA